GCGAUGAUUACUCUGUACUUGAAAAUUUUAAUCAAUAAAAAUAAGUAGUCGAUAAUCUGAAAACUGCUUUGGGUAAAUUGAUGAAAAUAAAAUAUAGAAAAAAACAAUGGGGAAGAAACAGCAUCAAAAAGAUAAGUUGUAAGUUGACGUUUUGAAAUUUUUGAUUCUAUAGCCCAGAGCUCUCUUCAUUUUUUUCCCCACAGAUCCUUCUCAUAACCAAAGAGUUUGCCGAUAAUCUACCGAGUUUGCCUUUAAUUUUAAAAAUAACCAGAAAAAACAUAUUUUUACUUUUCUUCUUUUUACUUAGUCUAGUAAACUUCUUGAGUAGACACUCUGAAGUUUACUAAAGUAAAAAGAAGAAAAGACUAACUAGUACAGUAGUACUAGUAUGAUUACGCUAGUCCUAGCCCUAGGGGCCAUCCAUAAAUGAUGUCACAGGUUUAGGGGGAAGGGGGUCACAUUUUUGUGACAAAGGGGGGCUAAGCAAUAAUCUGACAUCACAAAAAACACUAAAUUACUGAUAUUUUUAACAUUAUUGUUUUAUACAACAAUAAUUUAUUCAAUAAUUAUAAUUAUUUUAUUUUUAAACCACAAUCACUGAGAGCAUCAGUACAGGUAUGCAGAGGUCAGAAAAAUGACAUCUGAUUAAGUUACAUGACGCCACGGAGGGGGAGACUUGGGGCGUAGUGACUUUGACUUUGACAGUUGUGAGAAUUUAUGUUGAAAACUGCAGACGGGGCGGGGGUAAAUAAUCUGCAAAAUUUGCUUGAUGUCAUUUAUGGAUGCCUCCCCCUGAUGUUAGUAUUUAUUAAUAGACUUAUAAUCAUGUCUAGGUCUAGUCCCCUACUUUUACUGACUGCUACUACUACUACUAAACUGUUACCAACUACUACUAACUUACUAGCUAGUAACUAACUUAAUUCUUAACUACAACUUGCAUUAGUUAUAAUUAAUUAUAAUUAUUCCACAGUGACCACAGGUUCCCAAUCUUUUGUGCAUGAAAUAUAUUAUAUUAUUUAAGAAAGCAAAAUGACCCAGGACCCAAUUUUAUAAAAACAUUUUAAUUUUAAUCACAAAGUGAUCUGCAACAUCGAUUAACCUGACCCAUUCAUUUUAAAAAGGUGUUUAUGGUAUUCUAAAAUAAAUUAAACUCAUCAAAAUCUAUUUUUUAACUGUAAGCAUGGUAAAUUUACGCUCGGUGCCCCACUUAUUUCCCUCAUCUGCCAUCAUGGUACCCAUGACACAUCUGUCAUCAUGGCAACCAAAAUGGCAGACAUGUAUAAAAAAAAAAAAAAGUAGUGCAAAAACUUGUCCACUAAAAUGAGGAGGAGAAAGACAGAAUGUGCUAUUUUAGCUCCUUACAGAAAGAAUACGAAAAAUAGGGAAUAUAAUGUUACAAUUUAAUUAAAUAAUUGUUUUAGAAAAAACUUCAUUUCCUAAAAUCUAAUACUCUGCCUAAACCUGAAUGCUAAGUUAGUAUCCCUAACUCAAGUUUAAAUUCACCCCCACCCCCCAACUAACUUAAGCGUUAAUUUACCCCAAAAUUUAGUCGUCGUCGUCCCCCCCCCCCCAACUUAAGCAUAAAUUUACCCUUAAACUUAGUCAUACACCCCGCCCCCCCCCCUAACUUAAGUGUAAAUCUUCAAAUCUUAACGUGAACCCUAAAACCACAUAUUUGUGUGCUACAGUUACACACUGUGCUGUACUGAGAAAAUCAUAAAUUUGAAUAAAAAGAUUAAAAUUAUUUUUUUAAAUAUUCACAAUAAUGAAAACCCAACUUACAGUUUCAUGGUAAUAUACUUUGACACACUUUAUUUUGCAGUUUCUUUUUUUUUUUAUCCAUUUUUUAAAGUGCCAAAACAGUAGCCUUGUUUUAAAUAUUAUAAUUAACUAUUCAAUGAAAAAUUAAUUUAAAACAUUCCAUCAGCGUAUUUAUAUUUUAAAAAAGAACAAUUUACUCUAGUCAUUAUCCACAAAUAAACAAAUGGGAGAGAAUCCUACACAGAAACUCAAAGUGGCGCACUGAACAUAAAUAAGCCAUAAGUAUGAAAUGAUUCAAUAUAACUUUAACACUUGACACAUUCAAAGAAAAUUUCGAUAUUGUAAAUUUGUUAACAAGCUUUAAAUCAUGAUUGAGUAUGUCAUUCUUUUUUGUUUCAAAUGAAGAAAUUUGGAAUAAUCUGUCAGAGAUAUGUAAAAGCAUUUUGAAAGUAAACAAUAAGUUUGAGAAAUUGCUUUAAUACCUUUACUUUUUGUCAUUUAUUUUUCCAACCUGCAACCCCACCAGGAACCCAUAGAUUAGUCUUUUUUGCCCUAGGAGUAAUUUUUUCAUACUAUACUUCUCUUUACGGCUAAUAUAUAUGAUUUGUUAGAGUAUACUGCCCAGGCUAAAAAAAUAUGGGGGGGGGGGGGGGAGUGGGUUUGGUCUUGGGGUGUGUGAAAACACAAUAGAAGUAUUUAUAUUUAUUAAUAACAAAUAAUGGGCUAAUUGACUAGACUUACAUAGCUAGAAAAAACAUACAUAGAACUUUAUUCAAUAUAAUAUUUUAAAAGCUAGUUUAGACGUAUGGUUAGGGCUAUUUCAUAAUGAAUUAAAAUAUAUUAAAUUAAUCAAACAUCAAUCUCAAACUAAUGUAGUAUUAGUUGUUUUGUGAGUAGUCAAAUUCAGAUACUUCUUUUGCUUUAUUAUAAUUGUGUUAUUAAAUAUUAGUGAUGAAGGUAUUCAAGUCUGAAUUUUUAAAAAUUUUAAUUCUGUUACGUUAAUUCUAUACUAAAUGUAACUCUAAUAGCAAUUUUUAAAUUUGAAUUUAUUUUCCUUAUGCAAAAAUUUCACAGAUAUUUAACUACAAAUGAAUGGAAACAUGAGUGGGGAGGCUUUAAGGGAACUCAGAACACAGGUGAAAACUCAAAAUUUCGGAGACUUCCUUAUCACUGCUGCAGGUAUUGAAAAUAAGUUUUCUUCUUUUUAAAAAAAAAGUUUUUCUCUGAAUUUCUGUUAUAUAUUUUAUUACAUUAAUUUUAUAUGGAUGUUAAAUAAAAAUAAAUGCAGAUGUAAGUAUUAUUUUGUUCACAAAUUUUUCUUGCAAGGUACACAUCAGUGUUUUUUUUUGUGUGUUUUUUUUUUAGCAUUUCAUUACAGCCUUUUGAGAACCCCUUGUGUACCAAUGAUGGUGUGAUCUUUGAUUUGAUGUAAGUAAGGGGUCAAUUACAUAACUAACAGAAUGUUCGGGUAAAUAUUCUUGUAACAAUGCUGGAUUGUUGGAUUUGAAAAAGAGUAAAAGUACUAAUCAUGAUCAGGUUAUUUCAUUUUAAUAUUGUUUAAUGAGUCUGAUGCAGUCCUUUAUAUUAUUUGUCUCUUCACAGUAGACUACAUUCACUAUAAAAAAGAUUUUUGUUAAAGUUGCCAUGAAACAGUCAUUUUUACAAAUAACGGUUAACAUGCAAGCACCAUUCAAAAAAUUGUUGGAACAUUCUUUUAAAAUUUAUGUCCAAGGCAUGUUAAUUAAGGAUUUGGGUAUGGUAAACCAUUUUUUUUAUAUUAAGCUUAAAAAUAAGGACAAAAUUAAUUUGUCAUUAAAUGCUUCUCUUAAUACUUUUAAAAAAUUAUACAUUGUCUGAAAAUGGUUUUAUUUUUUUUACCGAAAUUAAUGUUAACAUGUUUAUUAAGCUUUAAUGAAAUUGAAGUCUGAUGACCUACUUAGUAUAAGUAAUUAAGUAUAUGUUGUAAAGCUUGUUUAAAAAAAAAUUAUUUUCAUUAUUUCUUAGGAUGUAUUAUUUUUUUUUUGCAGUUGUUCAGAAAAUAAUUUCAAAAUUGUAUUUCCCUCAGGAAUAUAAUCCCAUUCCUAAAGAAGUAUGGAGUUAAUCCAGCCAAUGGGGAGGUAAGAGAUGAGAAGUCCAAAUAUAAGUAUGAGAGACUAUUAUUUUUUAAAAUAAUGAGAAAUGAUUUUUUAUUUUAAACAUUAAUUAUGUCAGCUUUAUUUCAAAUUAUUAUGCUUAAGUUAAAUAAAUAACCUUGCAAACGGGGGAGAAUCUAGGGAAUGACCUAGCUAAGGAAACUUUUACAACCUUUACUUACAUUUGAAAAUAAUAUUCUUGAUAAAAUAAUAUAUCUUGGAUCAAAGAAACUUGUCCUGUUAGGUUUAAUGUUAAGUAUAACUUUAAUUUCAAUCUUAAAAAUUUAAUGUUAUCAAUCUUAAAAAUUUAAUGUUAAUCCCUACUGGUUAUUCUGUACCACAAUUUUUUUGUGCUUUUUUAAAUAAAAAAUAAUAAUUUAUACAGUUUUGUUCACGAUUGAGAUAAUUUAAAUCAGACCUAUAAAAAUCAUGAUUUAAAUAAAAUUUGUUAAAGUUAUUUAUUUAUCGUAUCUAUUUAUAUUUUAAGAUCAUAGACACUUACUUAAAAGAACUUAUGUUUGUUUUUAUUUAUUAUUAUUCACAUAAUAUAUUUUUCUCUAUAUAUAAUUAUGAUUACACAUUUCAUAAUGAUAAAAUUCAUUUUUAUUCAAUUAAACUUAGAUUUUUCAAAUUAGACUUGGGGGUUCUGAAAGAUAGAAAAUUACUUUUUCUAUUUAGAUUAUUUUAUCAGAAGGCUUUGGUGAAAUUGAAUGACAUUGACGAAUGGCAAAAUUAUGACAUUGAUCAUUUGAAAGUGUGAAACUGAACUGAAAUUCUUCUUCAUAUAGAUUAGAUCAGCGGUUCUCAACCUGCGGGUCGCGACCCCUUUGGGGGUCGCACAAGAUUUUCCCAGGGCUCACCUAAGACCAUCUGAAAACACAUAUGUUCUACAGUUAUGAAGUAGCAACGAAAAUAACAUAAGGAACUGUAUUAAUCGGUCGCAGCAUUAGGAAGGUUGAGAACCACUGGAUUAGAUAGAGACCAUAAUAUUAUGACUAUGAAUUUUUUAAAAAGGUUUUAAAUCUUUUUUUAAGUUAAUUAUUUGAUAUUUCAUAACAAAUUUUUAUUAAAACACAAAAAGAAAUUUCAUUUUGGGAAAAAUUAUGAAAAUCCUUUUAAAAUGUAAAUGGAUUUAAUUAAGAUUUUUUUAAUGUUUCUAGUAUCAUGUUACUUAAAUUUAAAUGAGUAUGUUAAAGUCAAUUUAUUGAUUUAAAUGAUAUUUUCUAAAUUAUUUCUAAUUUUUAUAAAAAUUAAUAUACUAUAAAUAGAAAUUAAAAAAUAAAAAGAUAAGAAAAAAUCUAUUUAAAAUAUUUUUGAAUCUGAUUUAAAAAGUAAGAUUUGAAUUUGUUUAAUCAAUUUAAAUUUUGACAUCCAAUAUAAUUCAAGAAGUUGAUUUAAAUGCAAUCCCCUAUAUUAUUUUAAUUUUUAUUAACAUUCCUAUAAUUCAAAAUUUAAAGCUAUCCUUAAAAAAAAGAGAAAAUAUUCAUAUUUUUUGUUAUUAUUUUUGACAUUAUUAAAUUAUCUAAAGGGGAUGAAAUUAAGAGUUAACCAAGACACAUGAGAGGGACAUGCAAUUAUACAAUUUGUUUUCAUGAUAUCUUAUCAUUUCCAUGACUUAAGAGUUUGGAAACCUUUUCAUAACCUCAACUUUUGUAUUUCAAUCUAGAAAAUUACAUCUAAGGACCUAGUCAAAUUGAACUUCCACAAAAAUGCUGAGGGGCUUCAUCAUUGUCCUAUCACAUUCAAGGUUUUCAAUGAAAAUGCUCACAUUGUAGCCAUCAGACAAAGUGGAAAUGUGUAUUCAUAUGAUGUGAGUGAAUAUUUCAUUUUUAGUUUUGCUUUUUUUAAAUGACCGUAUUAAUACCAGGGUUGCAUUAAUAAUCAAAUUGGCUUAUGAUCAGCUACUGAUAAUAAAUUAAUUUUAUGUAUUUUGCAUUGAAAAUGGGUAUGGAAAGAUAAUGAAAAUGGGGAGAAAAAAAGAUUAUUUGGUACUAUUUCAGGCUGUUGAAAGACUCAACAUCAAACCUUCUCACUGGAAGGAUCUCCUCACUGAUGAGCCCUUUACACGUAAAGACAUUAUCACAAUUCAGGUAGGGUCCAACAUAAAAAAAAAAGUUAUAUACAAUUGUUUUUGGUUUUUAAUUAAAUAAAUUUUCUAUACUAUUUAUUUCACAAGCAAAAUCACUUUUUUUCUCUUUCUUUGUCUCAGGAUCCAACAAAUUUGGACAAGUUCAACAUGCAGUCAUUUUAUCACUUAAAAAAGAGCCUCAAGAUAACAGAUGAUGGUAGGACAUUAAAAAUUUAAUGUACUUCUAAUUCACCAUGAGCCUUUUAACAGCAUUUCAACUUUUACUCUAUUGCAUAAAUGUACCCACCUUUUUUUUUCUAAAUAAAUUUUCAAGAAGAAAAAAAAACAUUUGUAAAACUUGAAUAAUGCAGUUAAUCAUAAUUUAAGCUCUAUUUUACGCUCUGUUUCUUUUUAAUAUUUUAAUAUUGAAACAAGGAUCUGAAUAUCUGUAACUUAAAUGUUGAACAAGUCAUUUCAUCCUACUAAAUCAUAUUUUCACCUGCUUAAUUUAACAAUGAACAAUUCAUGAUGGGUGGAGGAGGGGAGGACAGGACACAAUAAAAUAUAAAUAGUUACAAUAAAUAAUCAUGACAAUAGUUUUAAAAAGGAAACAUUUGAACACAAUCUAGAAGGCAUGGAAUUUAGCAGUUAAUUUUUUUAAUUUUUGUUGUAUAUUCUACCUUUAGAUGACAUUGAUUUCAAAGAUUCCAAAUACAACUUGAAAUCAAUCAAUAAUGAAGCUAAAUCUACAUUGGAAGAGUUGGAUAGAGACUUCAAGCCAUCUCCAUUUCUGGUAAGUUAGAAAUGCAGCUCAGAUGCCAUUCGGAUGUUUGUAUCACCAAAUAUAUCAUUAUUUAACCCUUCUGAGAUGGAGCCUUUUUGGGGUGUUGUGCCAGGAAGACGGAGCCCUUUUUAAAGCUUGUCACUCGUAUUGCAAAAAAAAAUUUUGUUUUUAAAUAAACCAAUUACUUUAUAUACAUCUUUGUAGGGAAUUAAAUGAACUAAUAAUAUAUUUAUAAAUCAAACUGAAAUCUCAACUAUCCAAAUGAAAUAUCCUGAUUUGCAUAAUUUAUGCAUGCAAUUUUGUUUUACACUUGGAAUAAUCACGUCUUACUUGCAGAAUUUUGUUAAAUUUUACUAUUUUUGAAGCCAAAAUAAGUCCUUAACCAUGUUUGAAUGAGAUGCAAUGUGAAAAACUUCAUGAAAAUUCCCCUUAUGCCUUUUUAUAUAUUUCAAUAAUUUGUUUUUGUAACUAGUUACCCCUAAAUAUGCUUACAAAAUAUGUGACGAUAUAAAAUGACAGAACACCGAAAAAAUAGCAAUGGCAGCAGUCAUUAUAAUGGCAAGAUGGGCAAGAAAUACAAGAAGCAAUCUGAUUAGUUGUUACGAAGACCAGCCAGCCAAUCUUGAGGCUUUAAUUUGGCCUUUUUUUGCCAUUCAACAUUUUCCAAGAUAUCCGCCUAACCAUCAAAAGAGGGUUUAAGAAAUGUUUGCUCUAAGUUAUGUUUGUUACUAUUUUGCUAAUUUAUGUUGUGUCAAUAAUCUACUUUUAAGACUUUUUAUAAGCAUUCAAAAGUAUGGAGGGGCUAAUAUCAGAUUUUUUAGCGUGAAUAUCAGCUCUUUCAUAUGAUCAGUCAGGAGUUAACAAGGCACAACAUAAAUGACUUUCCACUGAUCAGUCAGAAGUUAAUGAGGCACAACAUAACAGAACAAGGUAUUUGGAAGCUUGAAAUAGAAAGACUGGAUGAAAGAAAAAUAACUUUUCGUCCUGUCUUUCUAUUUCAAGCUUCCAUAUACCUUGUUCUGCUAUUUCUUCACACAGCUUGAAAGCAGUCCUUUGUUUAUUACACAAGGGUUUCAACUGAUCAGUCAGGAGUAAACAAGGCUUUUAAAAGGAACGGUUGAGGCGACAACACUAGACACAUUUGUGUCUAUUGCCUCAAGCCUUCAAACCCCUAUUGCAUGAUUUCCUCAUCAACACCAGUAACAGAAACAUUGCAAAUCCCAUCUACAUGCAUAGGAGCCAAAAUGAUCAAUAAAUUGAUCGUGGGCCCUUAAGAUAUAGAAGAAGAAUAAGAAAUGAUCAGUCUGGAACAAUGCACAGUGUCUGAAGUCUUUGAGUCUGAUGAACCAGAAAAUUUAUUUUUUUAUUAAUGUCAAAAUUUUUAAAUAUCUAACCUGCUUAAAUGGUUUUUUUCCUUUCAGGCAAAAAAAGAGGAAGACAAGAAACGAGCUGAUAAAUUCAAUGCGGUAUGUAAUAUUUUUUUUAAAUGUCCAUUUUAUUUUAUAGUUUAUAUCAAAACAUAUUUUAUUUAUAGUAGCAUUAAAUUAUGUUUUUAUCAACUUUCCAUAAUAUAUUAUAAAUACUUAAUGUCCAUAGAGUAAUUAUUUGCAUACAUUUACCCGAUGAAUGGGUUCAGUUUCUUUUAGGAAGGUUUGCUCUAUAAAACAUCACAUUUUUGAGAUUUGAUAAAUUCCAAAGCUAACCUUUAGGUAGUACACGUUAAAAAAGAAAAAAAACAAAACAAAUGAUCAAUGUUCGUUUGUAUGUUCAUUUUAGGCCCAUUACUCUACUGGCCAAGUGGCUGCAUCAUUUACAUCUACUGCAAUGGAUAGACAUACAGAGUUUGUAGCAGGUCAAUCUUUUUUUUUUAAUUAAAUUUUUAACUUCAAAGCCUGCUCGAAUUUUUUGGCUUCAAAUCUCUAUUUGUUUCUGUGAAACACUGAACAGAAAAAAUAAUAAUUAGCUAAAGGUGUUUUAUUUUUAUUAUUUGAAAUGAAAGGCAAAAGUAAUUUUAUAUUAUUAAAUAAAGAUGAUUUUUAAAACCAAAUCUUAGUUGUGCAAAUUAAAACUUAAAGAAUUUCAUACAUUUUUUUUAAAAAGUAGGAACAAUCUUUUUUUUAAAGUUGGCUGGAAAAAUUAACUCUAUUCCAGCAGUUUUGGUCUCUAAUGAUGUAAGCAAGUCACUGCGAUCCACUCUUUUUUUCAAUUUGUGUCAUUUUUCAUUUCAAUUUGCAACUUACCACCCUAAUUUUUUGAUAAAAUUUAAUAGACCUAAUCGAUGAAGAUGUUCUACGAUAUGAACGUGUGAAAAAGAAAGGCUAUGUCAGGAUCAUCACAAAUUUGGGUCCAUUGAGCUUGGAGCUUCAUUCUGACAUGGUAAAUAGUCUUCUGUGAUUAACUUUUAGUUGUUUGUUUUAUUUAUUUAAUUUUUUCAUUAUUGAAAUAUUAUAUUUGUAUCAGUCAUUCAUCACUCAGUGACCACAUCACUUUGACAUCAUGUCAGAAAAGCAAAACUUGAAGAGAUCCAAAAAAAAAUGGAAACUGAUGGCCUCCAUCUGUGUUAUUUGGGUAAAAAAAUACACAACAAUCUCAUACAAAGCUCUUUCCUCGACUGCUUAUUAAUCAACACGUACGUCACAAACAGACAAGACAAUUUGUCAAAAUAACCAUAAAAAUACUUCAUCAAGUAAAACGUGGGAAGAGCGUUCACUAGCUAAGUACUCUCUCAAAAACACACUGCUCAUAAUCAAACACAAUAUCCAGUGCGCAACAAUUAUUGGUGAACUCCCAUUCUUGACAGUAUGCUGGCUUCAUAUUCAAUGUAAUGGUAUACUGGCAGUUCAACAUUAGUAUCAUUUUGGCUCUACAUUUUGAAUGUUAAUUCUCUUCCAUAACAUUUCAGUUUUUUUUCAUAGGUAUUUAUUUAGCAGUGACCUUGGGGUUUUUUUCUAUGUGGAUUUGGGGUCAAGUAUUCUGUUAAUGCCUUUUGAAUUUGAAAUUUUACUUGCAAUAUUUUUGAUCUAGGUAGAUUUUAUAAAUCCUUGCCGUGUUUUUCUCUGAUUACACUUUAUUCCUAAAUUAACAGGAUUUAUACUAUUAAUGAUCUAAGUGAAAAUGUCAUCCAAAUUAAGAAUUUUUUUACAACUUUUAGGUUCCCAAGACAUGUGAAAAUUUUCUGAAACACUGCCUAAAUGGUUACUACAAGAAUACAAUUUUUCACAGAUCUAUUCGAAAUUUUAUGGUAAGUCCCAAAUAAUUUAGGUAUUUUAAAAACAUAACCGUGGCCUUGUAAUUGACAAGGAGGUUAGGGGUGUUAAUUUUUACAUAAUUUAAUUAAAUUCCUUCUAUCUUUAAACUCAAUAUAAUUAUAAGCUUGAUUUCUCUUUUGCUAAAAGUUUACAAUACAAUAAUAUCAUCCAUUACCUAUUAAUUUAAAACAAACUAUUUUAUUCUGUCCCAGAUUCAAGGUGGUGAUCCAGAAGGAACAGGCUUAGGUAAAACUGACAUUUCUUUUUAAAGCACAAUUGGGGAGUUGCAAACAAAAAUGUAACCUCUUAGACACUUUUUCCACUUUAUUGGGUCACAAACCAAAUUCUUACCUCAGUUUCCUUAUUGAUAAGAAAAUACAAAAAACAGUAAACAUAUCUAACUAACUUGGGCUCCAAGUUCAAUAGUGAUUCAUUAAUAAGGGUUGAAGCAAAAUUGGUUGACCCCACUUUUAAAAAAAAAAAUUCCAUUCCACCUUUAUUUCUUUUAGAUGUGCAUUGAGAAUGCCAGUUUGCUAAGCUUGGCUCCAAUUAUAUUCUAAUUAUUUUAAACAUAUGAGAUGGAAAGGCUGAAACAAUAGUUCAAAGCGUUUUGUCUCUCAUUUCUCUAGGAGGUCAGUCGAUAUGGGGCGCACCGUUUAAAGAUGAGCUGAAGCCAAAUUUAACUCAUACAGGGCGUGGAAUCUUGAGUAUGGCUAACAGUGGGCCCAAUACUAACAAGUCACAAUUGUAAGUAUUUGAUCAUUUAGUUUAGAAAUUAUAACACUGAACAAAAAAGAUGGGGGAAGUACAUUAUUGCAUCAUUUUCUAGAAUAUCAAGAUCCUCUUUUGUGAGUCUGCGACUAUUGAAGUCCAAUAACACUAAUUGCAUUGCACAUAUACCUGGAAUGAUUUUAUUUACUAUACAUAUGCAAAUUACUGAGGCUGUUUCCUUAUGUAACUGACAAUGAAAUAGCUAUGCUGCUAAACUGUUGUUUUCAUCAGUCAUGGUAUAUUAUUAUUUUAUUAUCAUUGUUCAUUUUUUAGCAAAUAUUUGAGAUUGGCAUAAAAGUCUUAAUAUUUCUCUUAAAACACCCUUUCCCCUAUGCAACAUCAUUCCCACCACUUCUGCAUGAGCCUGUGAAUUUUUGUGUUAAUUACCAGUAAAUAUAUUUUUUGUCCUUUUUCAGUUUCAUUACCUUCAGAUCAUGUCGACAUUUGGAUGGAAAGCAUGCAGUAUUUGGAAAGUAAGUUGCAUUGGAUCAAUAAAGUAAAUGUUGAAUAUUAAAUUAGUUUGGCAAUUUUUAAAUUAAAUGGCAGUGGUCACAUUUCGCUGAUAACGUAGCAAAAUUUUAGAUUUAGAAAAAAUAUCAACUAGUUUUAAGACUUUAUCUUGAAAUAAUUUCUAUGCUUUGUUCAUUUCAUUAAUCAUUUAAUUUUAAUGAUAAACAUCAUUUUUUAUGUACCUUUUCCCCAUGAAAAAUCUCCUUUGAUACGUGUUCUUCCUUCUGAUGUUAUAUAAAUUUUUCUUGUGCAGAGUUGUUGGUGGUUUGAAAACAUUGGAUUUGAUGGAGGCAGUAGAAGUAGACAAGAAAGACAAACCAAAGGUGAGUACAUUUCCACUAAAUUGCAUCUAUAACUUGUGUUGUCAAAUAUUUGGUCCCAUGUCAAAAUAUUCUGGCUCAUAUCAAAUAUUUUGUUGUCUAAGGUUGACGAGCUAUAGAUCUCAGAGUUGUGAGGAUGUCUCUACUCUUAUAGUCGGACGACCAUUAGGAUCUCUAAGUUUCUCUGAAUGGUGACACUUAUACUCUGUUAGUCAAGGCACUGACUCCAUAAGAUAAUACUCUAUUUACUAUUAGCUUUAUCACAUAUAGCAUGUCAUGCAACAUCACCUCCAAAAAUCCGGAGAUACCCAGCAAUAAUCACUAGUUCACAAUAUGUCUGUCGGACUCAGCAACACACACACUCGUCCGUGAACAUAAUACAACUACUCCUCGUGACUAUGACACAGCUCCUCUAUAUUUUCCCCUCUCAACCCUUAACGACAAGGACAUUCUCACGCCUCGUUCACUCAAACUUGCACUGGUUUGUGACAUGAAAAGCGUUCACCCUCACUCACUAACCUCAUUUGUCACAAAUUCAAAACACACACACACUACAUCUGAUUUCAUGACCUUGACAUGUGUCACACAAAUUGUCUGGUAGUGACAGAACUAUGUUAUUUCUUCAUCAGUUCUGAGAAUUACCUUUUUUGUAUUUAAUUUUGCCGUAUUCUGGAAAUUUUGAUAACAAAAAGUAAUUUCAAUUGCUGCCUUUUUUAAUCGGCUCUAAUAAUACAGAGCCGUUCUUAGGAGUUUUGGGGGCCUAAGCAUGGAGCGUAGGUUGGGGGCCCCGGAAGGGGGGGGGGGUCCGGGGGUGGAGCUCCCUCGAGCUGAGGAGAAAAACCACCCACCACCGCAGACUGCAGUAGUGCCAAUUAAAAAAAAAAAACGUGGGAUCAAGGGUGCCUCACGGGGGCCCCAUCACGUUCGGGGCCCUACGCGGAUGUGUAGUCAGCGUAUGCCUAAGAACGGGCCUGAAUAAUAGUCAAGAAGAUGGUCACUGUCCAUGCUAAUCUUUUAUGAAUAUAGAAGAAAAUAAUAUAAUAUAUGUGAAAAGAUUAAACCAGCAGUCAUAUCACAUAUUGGUAGUUGCCAAGUUAAUGAAAUGCUCAUUAGUUUUUCUGAAAAAAAUUUUCCCACCUAAACUAUACACAUAAUGGGGGUUAGUGUUAGGUGUGUCACAAUCAAUUAAACGUUAUGUUUAUGUCCGAAUGCUGGUACCCAACAUGUUCUCCACAUUUUCAGUUUGCUUGUAACUUGUAUUUGUUGUUUGUGUCACUGUUAAAGGACUGGUACAAGUGAUCUUUAUGUGGUGGAAAAUUUUCUUGUAAUCUGAUCUUCACUGCACAUUUUUGUUGUAAAAUAAGUUGGUUUGUUCUCCAAAAUUUUGAAAAGUAAUUUUUGUCUUAAUGAGGGCACUGGUUUUUAUUAAAGGAUAUUAACCAUUGUCAAGGCAGUAUUUACUGUUAAAAAUGAAGAAAUUCAUUAUCACCUCAUUUCCUAAAAUAAAGGUUUGCUUUCCAGACUUUCCUUAACAUAGUUCACUUAGUUUUCCAAACUUUUUAAAAGUAGGUUUGGAAACAAACUUUUGCUUUUAAAAAAUAUAUAACAGUUACCUGUAUAACUGCUUUGAGACCCUAAUUUUUUACAAAAUAAUAGUAAUUUAUAAAUACAUAGGCUACAUCGUUUGAGUUUAUUAGUAUAAGUAUUGUACAUAGAGUUAUUAACAAUUAAAAUUUUUAAUAAAAAAAAAAAAUUAUAAAAAAGCACCUCAAUGGAAAUCUUUUUUAUUACAAAAUAUUAGUAAUAUUAUGUACAAGGUAACUUAAAAGCAAUUAUUAAUGCAUGUAGUAUUUAUUCAUCUUAAAUACAGUUUUAAACAUGGUGCAAAUUAUUGGCAGUUGAGUAAUAGAUGUAUUGAAAGAUGCUAAUUUUCUCAACAACUUUUUAAAUUUAUUGGUAGAAUAGAUUACAGCAUCACAUUUUGUGCCAGCAUUAGAGUUGUAGCAUAGACUUUGCAGUCUAAAAGAUAUUUAAAUUCUUACAUGGUUACACCCUUAUGUUAGCCCAGUCUCUCAUGCCUUUCCUCUAAGUUGUGGGCAUCAUCACUAUAAUACCAUUUAUUUGGACAUGUGUGAUUUAAUAAACAACAGUUGCAAUAUUUACAGAAUAAUCUUACAUUAAGAAAGCUUUCCGCUACUCUCUCAUUGUGUGAUGAUCUGAAAUGGCUGGCCUCGCCCUGUGAGAGAUUUGAUAACUUCUGCUGCUGAAGAUGAAAAAGCACCCCCUCCAUCUGUAAUACCAUCUUUAUCAUCAAUAACAUGAGAUACAUAAUAUGUGUUUCCACCAACAUUUUGAUCUCCAUCCUCCUGUCUUUUUUCAAGUAAUUUAAGCUCAAGUUCAAGUUUUUUGUUUUCUAAUUCUAACUUUCUGGCUUCAAGUUCAAGUUUUCGGUUUUCAAGUAAAAGCUUUCGCCGUUUAAGUUCUUGGUAUGCAUCACUAGAUUUCAUUUCACUGGCAGUUAGUAAUCUUUUUGUGCCAUUACCAAUUAAUCUUGGCAGGGGGAAUGUUGAUGCACCUGUUGAGUUUCCACCUCCAUCAUCAUUACCCUGUCCAUCAUCCUCUUCAUCAAAGAUCUGAUUACCAAUGCUUGCUAUUCAUUGGAAAAAAUAAAAUUAAAAGGUUACAACCAUUUAUUUUAUAAAUAUUUUAGUAACUGCAUACAAAAUGUUAUUAAUGAAUGACCCAGUAUAUAUUAAGAUUCCUUCACACAAAAAAACAAAUAAAUAAAUGCUUCAGAAUUAAAUUUCUACUUCUGUAAGUAGAAAUAUUCUCUAUUUUUUAAAUAUUUGAUGAUGAGCAAACUUAUGCAAGUUAAACCUUAAAUGGAUAAAAUAUAAAAGGCAUAAAUGAAAUCACUCUCUUUGGGUCAAUUUUUAUCCCCUUCUCCAUCCUUACAAAAAGUUCAAACCCUCCCCUUCAAAAUAUUAUGCCACAAACCUAUGGCCAAUCAACAUUCUCCCAAGAACAUUUCCUAAAAUAAUUUUUCCAUGUCAACUAUUUUUCUUCCCAUCCCACUUCACACACUCAUAAUACCCAGAAUUCUGUCCUCUACUUUUUUUUUUUACAUAAUUUAUCAUGACUUUCAAUGACACCUCGCAUCCUGUAUACCAGUGCUCGGCAGUAGUUAUAAGCUCAGUAAUAAUCGUGGUGAUCAGAUUUUAAAAUUGAAUAUAUUGCAUCAAAUACAAUCAGUCAAAAUCAAACAUUCACUAAAUUAAAGAAUGAAAAUUUAAUCAUGUAAAUUGGUGUAUAAAUUCAUUUAUAAUGGUAAAAAUUAGUUAUUCAGUAAAAGUUGUUCUUUUUUAGUUCUGCUUUCUAUGUGAGGUCACAUUGCUUAAACACCUUCUCAUCAUGCAUGGUCACCCAAAUGUGACACCCCAUCUCCCGAUGGGUGACCUCAUUUAUGGAUAGUCCCUGAUAGAAUAAAUGAUAAUUUUUUAAUUUUUUUUUUAAUAUUCAAUCCUUUUUUAUUGCAAACCAAAUCCAAUUUUUUUGUUUCAAGCUUACUUUCUGUGUCAACCAUUUGUCCUCCCUCUCCUUCCUCCAUCUUAGUGAGCAUGUAGCGUGUUGAGUUUACUCGAGACAUUCUAAACAUUUGCUGCUUUGGGGUUUUUGUCUCCUCACGCGGCUCUAAGUCAUGAUUGUGCUGGUCAAAUAAUUCAUAAACAACAAGAUUGUGCAAAUCCUCAGCAAGUCUUAGAAGAAUUCGCAUUGGGCAACCUCUUCGUUUUGAUCUAGAUGUUAAAAUUUGUAAAGGUGUAAGUGAUUAUAAAUCAUGUGUGUGGUCCAACUGUGGUAUAAAUAAUUUUAUUGAAUUCUUUUUAUAGAACUUUAAAACAGAGUAAGUUAUUUCAACAUUCUUGCUAACCCUGAAAUUAAAAACUUGGAAAUCAAACAGAUAACUGAAACCUUUUUUUUUAUUUUGUAAUCCAAUAUGCAGUAUGUACUGUUUUUUUGGUCUUAAUAAUAUGCUAUGAAUGCUCAUAAAUUCACAUAAAUAAACUUAUAUAUUAACUGUAAAUAUCUUACACAUGAUUAGGUUUGACUUUUCCUUUAGACCGAUAUUCUCCAUGGUACUCGCAAGCAUAAGAUAGACGAUAGUAAAUAAUUUCCUUGUUAACCACAUCCAUUAGUUUAGGCAUUGUUUUAGCUAUUCUCCCAAGCAGUUUUGAAUCUUUUACUAUCAGCUGGACAUUAUUUGCUCGUUGGUAGCGAUCAAUUGCAUCUUUCAAACUCUCAAAUGAGGGAAACUUUUCACCUAGUACAAUUUCAGGCAUUUUUGAAAAUGUUUACUUUAUUGUACCUGAAAGACAACCAAUUCUAAAGAGAAUUAUGAUGAAAUAUAUUAAUUGAUUUUUUUACAUUGUUUUAGUAAUAAUAAUUUGCUGAACAAACAAUCACUACCUUUGUAUUAUAUAAUAAUGAGUAUUUAGUCAUUUAGUUAUUACGUAAAGCCUCAGCCUAAACUUAAACCUAAGUAAAGCACAUAGGUGAUAUCAGCGUAGGUGACAUCAGCGCAUGCAUUAUAUUAUUUAUAUUUAUAUUUCAACAAAAAAUAUAAUGGUUAGAAGGCAGGGUCCUAUGCCUAUAAUAUCCGCCUAUAAACUUAAGUCUUACAGGAUUGCCAUUGACAAUUGAUAUGCACAUUUAAUUAUUGACAUAAAUAAAUAUGACAUUGCCUAAGCCUAAAAUUUCAUUUAUUAAACCUAUUAUUAACUAUUUAAUUUAAGCUAAUUAAUAAUUCAAAUAAUUCAAAUUCAUUUAAUUAAUUCAUACUUUCAUUGUUUGAAAUUAAAUAAACAGUGGCAAUGACCAAAAUGUUAAAAAUUUAUAGGAAACUUUUGAAAGGCUAAUGUAUUUAAGGCUAAGGAUGAUUUAAUUAUUUUUUUUUUCUUUACAAAGAUUUUUUCAAAAAAUACAUUUUACAAUUUAAAAAUAAUCGACAUAGCUAUUUUGCUACGGUAACAUUCGGGACAGCUUCGGUCUCUGUUGACUUCAUACGGUGCUGGAGAUCUUGUUCUAUUUAUAGAUCAGUAAACGUAAAAUCGUAUUUAGUGCUCAAUCUUCUUUUUAAAUGGGGAAAGCUAAUUUUCAAAAGAUCACCUGAACGUAACCGAUAUUAGCAAAAACAAUGUAGCAUACCUAAAUUUAUUGACAUUUAAGACGAUAUGUUCAAAAUUUCUUUAGAGACAAACUUCUUGGGCCAGGAAUCACGGAAAAUGUCGGAAGUUUUGCGAGGGGGGAGAUAACGCUUAAUUUAUUUUUAAAAAUUGUGAUGACACUCGCUAAGUUUCGCUCUUUUAUUAUUUUUUUUUUAAGCUUUUCAUUUUUAGAUAAUGGUUGUAAACUGAAAUGUCGUAGAUAUUUAAGCAUUAAAGAAACUGUUGCAAUAUUAUAAAUAGUUUCAAUUUUUUUUUAUUUUAAUAAAAUAUCAUGCUUUGUUACUGAGAAUAUAAUAUAUGUUCCCUGUAACUGUAACUUUAUUCCCUACUUAAAUUUUUUUAAACAAAACUCAGUUCAUUUUGAUGUAAAAUAUAAACUUAUGACUUAUGUCCUAAAUUUAUCCCUAAACCUAACCUGAAUCCUAAACUUAUCCCUUACCUGGGUUUUGACCCUAUCGGAACCAGGGACAAAACUCGCAAAUGACGUCAGGGUGCUAUCUUUUCACAUUGACAUUAGCCAAAAAUAAUUAUAGUAUAAAUUUAAUUUAGGUAGAAUUUAGCAGCACUUUUUGCUAUUAUUAUCAUGCCCUGGGUUUUUUCUCUACAUACUAUUAUUUGAAUCACAAAAUUUUUUUGUAGCAGGGUGUGGAAAGCAAAGCUGCGCCCAGGGCAAAGCCUGAAUUUAGGCGAUCUCCUACCAAAACAGUAUAGGCCUACACAAAUUGUUUUGAAAAAAUAUAAAUGAUGAAUUUCAAACAAUUUGGAAUGCUGGAACCCCCGCCCCCCUUUUUCCCCCAACCAACCUGAUUUAUAGUAGUAUUGAACUGUAUAUAGCAAAAAAUAAUAAAGCUUUGUGUACAAAUUAAGAUGAAAAGUCAGGAUUUGUUUUCUACACACAGAUGCACUGUUGUUAAGCAGUAGCUAGGGUUAGUGCCAUCCAGGGCUGACCACGAGUUUUGCCAUUACCACCCACAAAAAAGCUCUGCAGUCAGCCCCUCGAUGUAUAGGAAAAAGUCCUUGGCUUCUCCUGCCAGUGUUAAGAAGGAAUUUAUGGCCUAAUAUACCACUCCCCUUUCAACUAAAAGUAAAUUUAAAUUGCAUACGGUAAAUUAAGAUUAAAUCUAAAGGCCCUGUACAAAGCUGUACCGGGUACCCUAAUUUCAUAUCUCAAGCAUUCCGUAACUAAGAGUAAAAUACCCUUGAAAACUAGACAUAGACAACAUUAAGUUAAUAAAAAGUUGUUAAAAACGUGAUACCCAGCCCCUCCCAAUUUAUUGGUACUGGCUUUAUCAUUAAUGCAAAUGGUAAAUCAGUUACAGCAUCUAAACCUAUACCGUAAUUUUUAGUCACAUUUUAAAUAAGAUUUAGAGGCAGUAUUUGGUGGGGGAAUACAACAAAAAAGGAACAAACACUGAGCUCACAUUUGUCUGGAGAUUUUUAUGUAGACAAAAAAAAAUUAAAUAAGUAAAUUUGAAGAAAUGCAGAAUAUUUUCUUUUUUAUCAUUUUUAAAUUUUUAACUUCAUCUCUAAAAAAAGGGAUUAAAGUUUACAUAAUGCAACAUAACAAAAACAAUAGUCAUUAGCAAGAACAGUGGAAACAAAAUCUUACCCCAUUAUUUUAACCAAGUUGGAUUAAGCCUGCACCCUGAAUAAAGUGCAGGUUUUGGCAAUAGAAUUUUUUAAUUAGCGUUUAGCCUCAUCAGAAUACUUCGCUAAAAAGGAAAGUAACAAAAAACACUUAACAAUCACUACCUAAAUAUUUAGGUUGCUGGCAAUGAUUAUCAAUGAUAGUAGGAUGGCAUGAGUGAGUUAGCACAUUAUUAAACAGGAUUUGAAACAUGAAUACUCUUAUUUUACCAUUGCCAACCAUCAGUUAUUUAUACAGUAGGUUUAGUAGCAGUUGCACUGAAUUACGACAACAAUCAACAAUUAUUUUUUUAAUCAAUCAAAUUGAAGAAAUUGGUUGUUUUGGUAGAUGGCAAGGUAAUAUAAUUGUGCAAUAUUGAUUGCACUAAAAAGUAAACUAAUCCUUACUGACUAUCAAGCGAUGGUAACAGAAAAAUAUACAUUUUAAAAUCUUUCUUUACAUUAUGAUCAUCACAUUCUGCUUAUUUACACAUUUAUAUUUCACUUAGUUAGCUUGUAGAAAAAUUGUUGUGUCACGACCAUGCCCUGAUCCUGAAAUAUCAGCUGCAAAAUUUUUCUCCAUUUUCCGAACUUCAAGUUCCAAUUUUAAAUUUGCAAGUUCCAGAUGUUUUGUCUCGAGAAUCAGUUUUUGCUUUUCAAGGAGCAAUUUCGAUUUCUGAAUUUCUAUCAAUUCCUUUGUAGCCAUGAGCAAUUCUGGAGAACUUUGUAUUGCUGAACCUACAAGUCUUAGUGGAAAUGGUAGAAGCUGACGCUUUUUACGAAAUUCAUCAUCAUCAGAGUCUGAACAAGUUGAUUCUGAAUCAAGUGGGGAUUCAGGCUGACUGUGUUCUUCUUUCGUAGAAUUUUCAUCCUCAUCACUCACAGAGUCAUUAACAUGAUUAUCGUCCAAUUCUUCAUCAUCAACAUUGUUCUCAUUUUCAUUUCCAACAUCUUUUGGGACCUUCUUUUGAGAUUUCUUAGGUGGCUUUUGCUUAAGAUGUGAUACUGACAAACGUUUCUCUAAAAAUAGGAAGAAGAGGACAACUGUUAGACAAAAUAUUGAAUAAGAAAUAAAAAACUCUUAAAAAAUAAAUUACCUUAAAGCAGCAACAACCUUCUAAUUUCAAACUAAAGGGAUGCAGCUCUUACACAUGGGAUUCUAAAAAAAAUAUCUAUUUAAAAUACAGUGAAACCCUGUAAUUGCAAGAUAUUUGGUUCCUUAACAUUUCGAUCGCUUUGAUAACGAUUUUGCAAAAUUCUGUGAAAAAAGCGUUGGGUUUUUUAAAAAGUAGGAAAUAGGGGAUUUUUUUUUUUUUUAAAGAUUUUUUAACCUCGUGAAUAUAUAUUUGUUGUAUGGUACUUUUUUUUUUUCAUUUGCGGAUGAAUAUACAGGCCACAACAGCAUUAUAUCGGAAUUCAUCCGGGGUCUCAUGGCAAACGUUUUACCUUCAAAAUGGCUUUCUACUUUUAAACUUUAGACAGUUUAUUGGGUGCUACAAACCAAUAAUUAUUUAUCAAAGGCUUUAACCUUAAUUCUCCUUUUUCUUUUAAAAUGGAACAAUUUAAAUUUUAAGUACAGUAUAGUACAAUCUGAAAAGAAAAACGUAAGAAUUUAAUGAUUUGUUUGUUGUUUUAAAUUUGCGUCACUAAUUGAAUAGAUAAACAUUAAAAACGUUGCUGUAAUGUGUACUGUACAAGCUUCUAAAGUUAGUAAACAUAGCACUGUGAGAAUUUUUUUUUUAAAGAGAUAAAUCAUAUUAAUUAUGGCCAUCAUAUACUAUAUUACUACCUGCUUUUUUCCUCCUUCCCUUGUUGCACCCGUAAUUUUUGCAGAGGUUAUGAGUCUAUGCCUUAGGUAUCAAAAUAUGUCUUAAGUCUAAUGGGUUGACUACAAGCAGGGGAAAAACAAUGAAUUGAUCUAUAAGAACAGCUGACAUACCAUUUUUGUUUACAUUAAUCAAUGGUGUGUCAUUUUGCUCAUCAUCGUCAUCCACACCAUCUUCAAGUUUGCGCUUCAAUCUAGAGAUUCUGUAUAGUUGCUGACGAGGGGUCAUCUGGAAGGUUGUCCGAUCAAUGUCAUGGUUGUGUGUCUCAUCCAUGUCAAAUAAGACAAGCUUCUGGAGGUCAGGGGUGAGCUUGAAUCGAAUAUACAUGGGGCAGUUUAGGCGCUUCUGACUACGGAUGAUAAUAAAUAUAUUAGUUAAGUUAAAAUAAAUCUUAGGCAUAGUUGACCUCUCAUUUAAAGCAUCAAUGAGAUAAUUUAAAACAAUACCUUCAUUUUAAUGCUGUAAAAAUUAAAAAUUAGCCACAAUUAGAGUUAAACUAAAGUGUGAUGAGGUCCAAACUAAGCUCUGCUAGUAAUAAAACAGUGAACACAAAUUAUAUGCAUUUAUAUACCGGUACGGUAAAUUUUUUAAAUUAUAAGCAUGUUCAAAGUCAUACUGUUACAAUAACUAUAUUUUCAAAUUUUACUACUAACCCUACAUUCUUGAUUCUACCAGUGGGUUUUUGCUUAAGUUCCCCAUGACACUUGCAGCAAUAGGUGAUAGAAUGAUACAUCAAGCUCUGGUUCACUAAAUGAUAAACUUUGGGAAUAACCUGAAAAAGUGAAUUGUGAUAAUGCAAGGCAAACACUAUAAUAAAACUUAUUUAUAAUUUGUUUUAAAUGAAUGCAAAAUAAAAAUAUCAAUUUCUUAUUCAACAUUCUUUCUAAAAGUAGUGCUUGACUAAAUUAUUAUUGAAGUUUAUCUGAGGGUGAGUAACCAGUAUUAUUAAGUAUUCAAUUAAAUGACAUUUCAAUGAUUAGAAUAAGAGCAGCUUUAAAAAUAUUAAAACUGAAUUUAUACAGAAGAGGAUGGAUGAUAUCUAGUUAGUGCAGGAAUUAAUGUAGUAUUUUGCAUUGGCCAUAUUAAUCUAAAACAUGUAUAUAAUUGUAAUUAUAGUUUCCCAACCUUCCGAGUCGAUUCCGCUUUCAAAAGUUUUGAAUCUUUUACAAUCAGUUGCACAAAAUUUUCUCUCUGGUACUUGUCAAGAGCAUCUCUUAAUUCUAAGAAAGUGCCAAAUUCAACCAAGAGUUCAAUUUUUGGGAAUUCUGAUUUAAAAUUGGAUGCUUCACCAACUGUAAUUGUAAGAGAAGAUUCUGCUUCCUUUUCUUUUGAACCUGUAGCUUCUUUCCUUAUUGAGGUUAAUAAAUUUCUUUUAGCCUCAGUCAUUUUUGUUUCUUGAGAAUUAAUGAGUUAUCUGAAAUUUUAAAAAAAAACAGUAUAGUAUGAACUGUAAAUUAACUCAAGUUAAGCAAAAUCUUUAUAAAAUGUGAAUUUCUUAAAGUAAGACUGAAUUAUAAUCCUCAGGGGAGAAAUAAUAUAAACUGUGAUAAUGCAUAGGCCAACAUGAUGAAAUUAUAUUAAUAAUAAUUAUUAUUAUAUUUAUAUAUAUAAAUAUACUAUAGACUACAGUAUAGGCCUAUGUCAUUUUCGAAUAAUUCAUACAUUCAUUAUGACUAAUGAUACAUCCAGAACAAAAAGUAUUGCUAACGUUCUCCUUUUUUUAUAUCAUAUAUGGCAUUAUAUUUAUAUGGGUACAACACACACACUCACACACUGGUAGUGGUCUGAUUUUUUUUAUUAAAAUUGACAAAACCUUUUUAAACUUUUUAUAAUAAUAAUUUAUAUAUUUUAAAUGGCAUGGCCAUUUGAAUUUGAUGUAAUGCUUCCUACCUAAGUCUAUGCCUAACCUAACCCCUAAUUCACUGCAACUAUAAAAGACGUUGUGGCAGCCGUCCUUAACAUAAUUCAUUAUUAGUUAUUAGUUAUUAGCCUACCGGUACCUCUCACGAUGUCGAUACGAAUUGAUCGUGGUCCCUUAAGACUCCUUAAGACUUAAGAUAUAGAAUAUAGAUGAAGAAGAAAACUUUCAACAAGUAGUAGUUAGUAGUAGCCUUCACAAAACUACAUUCAUAACAUUAUUAUUUUUAAAAGCAAUAAAAAUCAUGUGUAAUCCUAACAGUUGAUCAAAUACUUUUUUUUUAAUCUAGGUGUUUAUAACAUUUACAGAGAUAUUACAUAAACCUCUGACUGAAUAUAAAUUGUAAAGUAUCGUAACGCACGCCUUUUAUGUUACAAAACUAUAACUUUUUUAACGAAUUUUUAUUUUUACAGAUUAUACUUUUGUUUUUCAUUUAAAAUAAUUCAACUGGUUAAAUACUUUACAUGAAUACACUAAUCUGUCUUUGUUUGAAUUAUUGUAGUUUAAAAUAAAAUUUUAAAAAUGUAAGUCUUAUCGAUAUUUCUUGUUCAAUAUUAUUCACAUUUUACUGACGGGUUGGAUGAAAUUCAUGUCCAUUAAAAAAAAACGGUACAAUUACAGGGAUUGCGGCCUAUUCGGUUGGAUUUACUAGGGUUACCGAAAACACCGGAGACCUUCCCACCGUCUCAUUAUCAGGGGCUCUAGCAAAAAGGGGUGGGGUAUGUUGAGAGUAUUAGUAUUAUAUAUCUAGUUUUUAUAUUUACUUUUCCUAAUCAGUCUGCUGAAAUAAUAGCUACCCAAAACCUGGCAAUCAAUUGAAUGAAUUUUUAAAAUGUUCCCCCACCCUUUUUAAAUAAAAAAUAUUUAAAUUAUUUCCUUCAAUUUUUGGUUUGAAACACCUCAGCUCUAAGUCUGGCGCAUUUUGAGAAUGGGCCGGAUUGAAUGUGGUUUAUUAUUGUCAUUUAUUUUUAUGGACUAAAAAAAAAUGAGUGAUGCAAUCUAAACAUAUUUGAUAUUAAUAUUAAUAUUUUACCUGAGUCUGAGCCCCUAAAAUUUUACAAGGCAAGGUAAAAAAUUUAACUAUUCAAUAACCUCUUUACGACAAAUUUAGUAGCAUAUAUUUUAUAGCCAAAUAAUGCUGUAUUUUUUUAAAGUUUAAAAAUUAUAUUUAUUUUUGUUUAAAAUUUUUUAGACCGAUAUAAUCAUAGAGGACUGCAUUGUGUUCUCAGACCCAUAUGAAGAAGCUGAUGAACAAGUAAGAAGAUAACAUAUUUUACAAAAAUAGACAUUAUCAUUCCAGUAUUUUUUAAUUUGUUUUAAUUUUGAUCAUUUAAUAUAAUAAUAUAGUGUCUGCGAUUUAAAGAUGUCUGUCAGAGGGACAUGAAAGCAGCCAAAAUACAUACAAGUGACUGGGAGUGUAAGGCAAAAGACCGAUCUACGUGGCGCACAGUUGUCAAAGAGGGCGUCAUGGUAGCCGAGGAGCGAAGAAUGGAAGAGGCUGCAGACAGAAGAGCUAGGAGAAAGGCCAAAACAUUUGGAAGCACAGAACUCGUGUGUAAAAACUGUGGUAAAGACUGUCACUCAAGGAUAGGACUGCACAGCCACUCGAGAAAAUGCAACCCAACCCAAGGGUGAUGCACCAUCGUCUCACGAGACGGAAGGAUGCCGAUAUAUAUAGUGUUUUUUAAAUCUAUAAGUACAGUAUUUUAUUUGAUAUUCUCAAUCAACUGGAAUCAGUCAUUGUACAUAAACAGUUUGUAAUAUUUUUUUUGUUCUCACAAAUCAUAAAUAUCUAUUUAAAUUUUUUUUUUUAUUGUUUUUUUUUUCUAGUUAAAAAAGGAGCGUGAAGAAGAGGUGGACAAACAGAAGAAAAAAACAGAAGAAGAGCGAAAAAAGAAAAAAAGUAAAGAAGAUGGUGCUAUGAAAAUUUACAAGCCAGGAGUAGGGAAAUACAUAAGUACAACAGCUAUGUAAGUAUAAAGCUCUCAUGUGGGGUAGGGAGGGGGUGACUGUCCCAGGUGGCACACUCCAGGAUCAUUACCAGCAUUUAAAUGCUAGGUGUCUUAAAAGUGCACUUUUGGGAGUUUCUCCUGAUGGCAUUAAGUCAUGAUUAACUGAUCCCUUUUAAUGGUAUCAUAGUUAAUAUUGCAUUUCUUUGAAAUAUUUCCUCACACCUUACAUUUACAUAGCUGAAAAACCUUAAAAAUAUUUUCAAUUGAGUUGAAAUUUGAUGGUAGUGUUAUAGUUUAUCUUAUUCAUACCUUACAUUCAAUCAUCAAUUGAGGUAUGAGUUAAUCAGUAUAACUUAUAACCAUGCCUGAUGUUUGUUUCAAGCAUGUAUACCUUAAUUUUGAAAAGUUAACACCUGAUAAGCAAAUCAAAUAGUUGCAGAGAAAUUUUUGGUAAAUCGUUUUUACACAUACUGAAUAUCAAAGUGUUGGCAAUAAUUUAUUUUAAAAAAGUCUCCAAUUGUAUUUACUCAUUUGUAAACAAAUAAAAUCACUGCAUUGGAAAUUAAAUAUUUAAAUUUAAAAAACUCAAGAACAAUACAAUUACUUCUUUUAAUAGUUAAACAUUGUUUAAAUUGUAAUCUCUCUAGCGCGCUAGUAAUAUCAAGCAUAUUGCUGUUUUGUAGGAAAAGAGCUGCAACAGCCAACACAGAGGAUGACUCAGGAGCGGAAGCUAAAAAGAAGAAAAGUGCAUCCUACAGUUUUGGGAGCUUUAGCUCAUGGUGAUGUGUAAAUAUAAUUGUUUUAUUGAAAUAAUUUCCCCUCGUGAAGCUGUCAAAUACUUUGUACAAAACUAUUAACUACAUUCAUUUGUAAAAUGCUGCACACCAUGAAAAAAAAAUGUUAAUAAAAAUCACAAUUUUGCGUUUUCAUUUUUCAUAGUAUAACAGAGAAGGGG